GCACCGAACCACCACAAGGCAGAAAGUGCAUUUCAACUGGAAGACGCGAAGCACACUUUACCCCUCUUUUGAUUGACCACCCGCGUAAGUGACCAAGUCUAGCUCAACGUGUUCAGGCAACAACAGUACUCGGGGUUGUUUUGGACGCCGCAGAUCCUGCACCGUCAGCGCAUAUUCCUCUUGAAGACGAUGGCCUACUGCAACCGCUGUGAUCAUUUAUUUAGCAGUGACAAUGCCCUCUGGUAGCACGAGCGUAUGUCUAGCAGAUACUGGAUCCACUACGAUCGUGGCAAGAACUGUGUAUCUGAACGGAGCCUCACGCAACACUACGUGCAAAGCCCUGGCACCACAAUGCCAACGCUGCAACAGGCACUUCGACUCCACAUAUUUUUACAGCACCAUUACAUGAAUGGCCACUGGUACUGCUCGUUGUGCACCCAGAUCCUCGACUCAAAGCUCGGCCUCCAGAAGCACAACCAGCAGAGUCACCGGUACUGCACAACCGCACACCUGCUCAAGGCUAUUCAAUGCCUAGACAGGAGCUGCACCCGUACCUUUGCCUCGCACGCCGAUCUAGUUCUGCACUCAGAGAGCGGGGCAUGCUCUCCAGGCGCCAUCCGCGAGAUCGUCAACCACACGGUAGCCGCGAACGACCACAACCGCCUCCCCAACAACGCCCGCCGGCUCAUCCAGGGCAACGGCAGUGCGUGCGCACUGCGCGGCCCUGUCGCGAAAUGGGCGAUGCAGGCUUCGUGGAACGCGAGCUCAUUCAAAUGCGUGUUAUCUCACCGCACAUUCCCCAAGCUGCCACACCUCAACGCGCACCUGCAGAGCGCCGCACAUGACGAGCCCAUGUACAGGUGCCUGAUGGCCCUCGAGGGCUGCACUGCGCAGUUCCAAACGCUCAGCGCCAUUUCGCACCACAUCGAGAACAGCAAGUCGGGCGUUCGCAGGUUCUAAAGGCAGGCCCAGGGUGUUAUGGACGAUUGAACGGGUAGCAUGCGCAGGCUGACGUGCUGACGCCAUUCAGCCUCCCCCCCCCCCAUUUGUACAGAUAGACCGCAAACCUAUGAUAUUAGGAUAUACAUCCCGUGGCUAUAUCCUGUUCUGUAUUUGUACGAUACUCGUUAAUAUACUACGAUUAGA